GGAAUACCCUGUAUGCCCUUGCACUAACAUGUCGCACGUUUUCGGAGCAAGCACUGGAUGCUCUCUGGGAAUCGGUUGAAAGCAUUAUUCCACUCAUGAAAUGCGGUGGGAUCAUUGUAUCACCAAACACAACGCUUGGAGAUGAUCAUGUCAUUCCAACAGAGUCUCAGCUAGCCAUCAUUUGUCGCUAUGCAAAUCGCGUCCGAUUUUUGAAAAUGUCUUUUCAUGAUUGGCCUCACCCUGUCCAAUCCUUUUUACAAAUCCUAGCCUACUCCUCGAAGGUCCUAAUGCCAAACCUACGAGAUUUACGUGUCACGUGCGACUUAGUCCACCUGCUCCGCCCCUUGCUUGGCCCGCGUCUACAGCAUCUUUCCAUCAACGUAUCUACCUCAGUCAACUAUAGACGGGAUUUGGACUUUUGGCAGAGGAUUUCGUUGCACACAAUCUUACGGUCAUUGCCUACCACUUGUCCAUCCCUUGAAAGCUUCGACUUCAAUCUCGACUUCUCCUCUCGACUUGACCCAUGGGACGCGCCUUUAGCUUUGCCGGUCUCGUAUGCAAUCCAAAAUAUGCAGAAACUGCGCACAGUCAAUGUGCCGGCUAUAACCAAGGAUGCCCUGACCUAUCUGGGCGGACUCUCAUCAUUUACCAGUAUCAAGACGCAUUUGCCCACAUGUAGUGAUCUAGAAUAUGUCUUUGGCUCAUCCCGCAGUCACAUUCUCUUCGAGAAUCUUGAAAGUGUUGACUGGAAGAUCGCAGAAUGGCAAGACGUCGAAACGUUCACGUGUCUAUGGCCUCGUAAUAUCAUCACGAUGUCACUUCGAUCUGAGGUCAAGUUCAACCCAGGCCUACUGCAGGUACUUUUUGACUCGCUUCAUACGCGCGAGGCUUUCAGAAACCUGCAAUGCAUACGCUUAUCCGAAUUCUCCCCCUCCCUAUCCACCGGUCUCUUUCAAUUCGUCGAGAUCGUCAUUACGAUUGACACCAUACGGCCGCUCUUCUACCUCAGAGCCUUACGGGUUGUGGAAUUCGAUACAGGGUCCUCUAUCAGCUUGAAUGAAGAUGACCUGAAGGAAAUGGCAAAAGCCUGGCCUUGUCUUGAGGUUUUACUCCUCAACGAGACAUAUGGGUGUCAUGAUCCCAAGCCACCGGCGGUUACAUUGGCUGGAGUCGUCAGAUUCGUCAAGUUGUGUCCUCACUUGACGAAACUUGGUAUUAAUUUUACACUCAAUGACGUGAACGAAGACUUUGGCUUUGACAACUUACAUGACCUCGAGUCUCGUGCCUCAAAUACUUUAGAACAUCUCACAUUGAGAUCCCGUGCUGAGGAACACGUAUUGACUUCUCAUUACUCGAGGUUAAACAUGCUUGUAAAGAAGCUUUUCCCUCGGGCGAAAUGCCGUUGCCAAUUCAUCUCUGUUGACUGGUUUGAAUCUUUAUAUGCCUAGUAGAUCCCGCAGCACACUACAGUACUCAGUACAUGGUAAACAUAACAUAAUUCAAAGGAUUUACUUUGGUGACAGUGACCGGGGCUCGAAUCGUUGUCCAAGUUAUCUUAUCUCAC